AUGACUUCUCGGGAAAAAUACGGCGCCAAGGCGACAUCCUGGGGCGCUAAGGCGACAUUCUGGGGCGCCGAGGCGGGAAGUGCUCUCGCCUCGGCGCUAAAAAGGUGCGCAGAGAGAACGCACCGGCGCUGAAACGGCGCGCGAAGAGACGCACCGGCGCUAAAAUGGUGCGCCAGUGAGACGAAAAAAAUUAAAAAAGGUGCGGGAAAGGGGCAUCGAACUUAGGUCAAAACAAUGACAACCCAGCCUCAUAUCCACUCGGACACGCUUGCUACAUUUUUAGUGCGGAAAAUUUCGAUGAAAAGAGAACAAGAGUAAUUUGUAUGGUAAAACAAUGGAUUUUUCAUGAAAAUGUCGCCUCGGCGCUAAAAAGGUGCCGUAAUUUCGGCACCUUUUUAGCACCGGGGCGGCCAAAAUUCCUCGACAAUUUUUGUCGCCUCGGUGCUAAAAAGGUGCCGCAUUUUUCCCGAGUUCAUCCAUGGCAAAAUUAGGAAGCCAUCCUGAUUUUGCCACAAGUCAUUUUUUGAUCAAAAAACUUGAAAUUGUUCAUGAAUUCAAUUGUAAUUUGUGUGAUUUACCUCUUACGAGUACAUUUAAUUCAAAAAAAUAAUAAAAUAAGUUUUUUUUUCGAAAAAUUGAUCGAUGACGUCAUCCAUGGCAAAAUUAGGAAGCCUUCCUGAUUUUGCCACGAGUCAUUUUUUGAUCAAAAAAUUUGAAAUUGUUCAUGAAUUCAAUUGUAAUUUGUGUGAUUUACCUCUUACGAGUACAUUUAAUUCAAAAAAAUAAUAAAAUAAGUUUUUUUUUUUCGAAAAAUUGAUCGAUGACGUCAUCCAUGGCAAAAUUAGGAAGCCUUCCUGAUUUUGCCACGAGUCAUUUUUUGAUCAAAAAAUUUGAAAUUGUUCAUGAAUUCAAUUGUAAUUUGUGUGAUUUACCUCUUACGAGUACAUUUAAUUCAAAAAAAUAAUAAAAUAAGUUUUUUUUUUCGAAAAAUUGAUCGAUGACGUCAUCCAUGGCAAAAUUAGGAAGCCUUCCUGAUUUUGCCACGAGUCAUUUUUUGAUCAAAAAACUUGAAAUUGUUCAUGAAUUCAAUUGUAAUUUGUGUGAUUUACCUCUUACGAGUACAUUUAAUACAAAAAAAUAAUAAAAUAAAUUUUUUUUUUCGAAAAAUUGAUUGAUGACGUCAUCCAUGGCAAAAUUAGGAAGCCUUCCUGAUUUUGCCACGAGUCAUUUUUUGAUCAAAAAACUUGAAAUUGUUCAUGAAUUCAAUUGUAAUUUGUGUGAUUUACCUCUUACGAGUACAUUUAAUACAAAAAAAUAAUAAAAUAAGUUUUUUUUUUCGAAAAAUUGUUUUUUUUUCUUGUAAUCGAAAAAAAUCGGCCCGAGUUUUUUUAUUUAUCGAAAAAAAUCGGCCCGAGUUUUUUCUUCAAUUAUUUUUUUGAAUUAAAUGUACUCGUAAUAUGUUGAACACACGAAUUACAAUGGAAUUCAUGAACAAUUUCAAGUUUUUUGAUCAAAAAAUGACUCGUGGCAAAAUCAGGAAGGCUUCCUAAUUUUGCCAUGGAUGACGCCAUCGAUCAAUUUUUCGGAAAAAAAAAUUCUCUUGUUUUUUUUCAACAGUGUUAAAAAAUAGAAAUUUUCUCGAACUUCGCUCAGCCUGCGCCUGAGCCUAUAGUAAUCAGAAUUUUUAACAGUGUUAAAAACAGAAAAAUUGACAGAACAUUUUCCCGACUUUAUUGUUACUUCUAGGUGAUUUACUAAGCCUAAGCCUGAGAGGAAGUGUCAUUUAGGUCCCAACUCAUCGACUUCAUUUUUACAUUUUUGGACCAUCAAGUGUAAUUCAAAGCUUCAUCUUAUGAUUUGAACAUAGAAAUUUAUAAACGGUAAUUAUGAAUAAAAAACUUUACCCAAUAUUUUUCAAUGAAUCUCAAAUCUCACCUGUUAGUUUUGCUCCCCCCCCAAACCUCGAAAUAAACUAACUUGACUGGUCCUUUCCGUGAAAAGUUGUUGAUAUCUCUGAAUGUCCUGUCCAAGGGAAACAUCUUCUUUUUCGAAAGCCUGAAACUUCUACAUUCUUUUUCUCAAAAUCUUCGCUUAUUCUUAAACUUACAUCAGAAAAUGGCAAUUGUGCAUUUGAUGGGAUCCCUGCUUUCUGUGACGGAUGUCUCUAAAAAAAAGAAAAUUGAAAAAUGUACCAAAUCACCCCAUUAAUAACACUUUCUGCGCUGAAAAAAACCAGAAAAAUGAUUCAGUUCGAGAAAAAACGUUCAAUCAAUAGUUUUUUCAAAUAAAAAAACAUAUAUCUAACCCUCUCUUCAUUUCCCACACUCUCUCAUCUACCCUGCAAAAAAACAACAAAAUAAACAAGCUAAACAACGCGCUCGCGGAGUAUCGUUGUUUUUUUUCCCGACCUUUAUUUUUUGCUUUUUUUUCUGGUUUUUGAGUGAUUUUUUUCAGCGCAGAAAGUGUAAUUAAUGGGGUGAUUUGGUACAUUUUUUAAUUUUCUUAUUUUUUUAGAGACAUCCGUCACAGAAAGCAGGGAUCCCAUCAAAUGCACAAUUGCCAUUUUCGGAUGUAAGUUUAAGAAUGAGCGAAGAUUUUGAGAAAAAAGUAUGUAGAUGUUUCAGGCUUUCGAAAAAGAAGAUUUUUCGUUUGGACUGGACAUUCAGAGAUAUCAACAACUUUUCACGGAAAGGAUCAGCCAAGUUAGUUUAUUUUGAGGUUUGGGGGGGCGGGAGGAACAAAACUAACAGGUGAGAUUUUAGAUUCAUCGAAAAAUAUUGGGUAAAGUUUUUAUUCAUAAUUGUUAUUGAUGUUAAAGGAAAGUUGUUUAUAAAUUACUAUGUUUAAAUCAUAAGAUGAAGCUUUGAAUUACACUUGAUGAUAUAGGAUCAGCUUCCUGAUUUUAUUGAAAAACAAACUAUGAAAUGUUUCAUAGGUAGAUUAGUUUUUUCAUAGUUUUAUGCACGCGAUUUUCAUUUUUGUUUUGAAUUUAUUUAUUUUUCUUCUAUUGUUUAUGUCUCAUUAAACUUCACAAUUUGUAUUCCCAGGCGUAACUUUUUUAAAAGAAAUAUUUUUUUCACGUCAGCUUAGCUGCGAAAAAUAGGCUUUUCUUCAAAAUUUAGAAUUUUUGAGGAUUUUCUGACUGUUUUGCCUAGGGGCACCGCCCCUAGUCGCGUGUAACAAAAAAUCAAACAAUCAUAUGUUUAGAAAUAGAAGAGAAAAUGCAACAAGUUGAAUGGUUUCUCAAAAUUUUACGAUCUUUCGUUUUCCGAUUUCUACACCUAAUUCAUUUUAUAUAUUUCCAAUUAUUUUUUCAUGUUUGAUAAAUAAAUAAAUAAUUCAUUUUUCUCGUGAUUUCUAUAAACAAUGACACAUGAAACCACACUCCCCAAAAAAUAAUAAAAAUAUGACAUUUUCACACUUCCGAUAUCAAUUUCUAAAAAAACAUUUUUCUGAAAAAUAUUAUUGUGUAGACUACAUCCUACCUCAUAAAAAUAUAUUUCAAUUUGAAAGACUCCAUAGCAACCUCGAAUGUAAAUUCGCGUUAUUGUAUUCCCAAUCAUACGCUUUAACUAUUUUUUUUUUGAAAUUGAAUAUAAAGUUUUUUUUACAGAUUCGAUCAUGCAAAACGUCUACAGUCUGGUGAGUUUUUAAAAUCAAUUUAUCAUUAUUUAGUUGUGUGAAAUUCCAGCAAGAAAUGGCUGAACGUACAGCACUAGAGCGAUCUCAAUUCAUGCAAAUUGUUGUGGUAAGAUUUUUGAAGGGUGGUCGUAAAACGGACUAAUUUUGAAAAGUUUGGGUAGCUUGAAUAGCACAUCUCCCAAGGGAAUAUUUUAACCUUCACAAGGCACUCUAACUUUUUAGAUUGUUUUUGUGAUUUUAUUCUACCUUCAAACAAUAACACCUUAUGUUUUUAAAUUCAGUUACAUAUCUUUUUUCCCAGUAAUUUCAAACCGAAUCGAUUCCAAAUUCUGUGAAUUUCAGCAGAGCAAUAAUGUUGAGAAAACAACAAAAGAACACGAAUUCUUCAUCGACUUAUGCCAAGGAAUCAACAACCUCUACAUCACAUUCGAGGUUUUUUCAUUCAUUUUUUUCUGAAUCUCCAAACUUCAUUCCAGGAUAACUUACUCGAGCCAUCCAAUCUUCCACAAGAUGAACAUGGUGAUAGAAUUCAAAAACUUCGGCAAGACUUUCUGAUCGCAUACGAUAUAAUUUUUUAUCACGCUCUCAAUAUUGUUCAAACCAACUCAUUCAAUACAUUUGCUCUGAAUGAAUUUGACAAUUCUAUUGAUGCGUUGUAUGAAAUCGAACAGGUUUGAAAAAAGAAUGGUUUCAAAGCUCAAAAAGAGAUAAUUUUUACAGGAACUUGAAGAGCUUAUGGAAAACUACUCAUCCGAUGAACUUCAUAAUUUCUAUGAUUUAGAAAAUGAACAACAUUCUGAAACAGAAGAAGAAAAUAUUGUAAAUCAAAGAUAUUUAUAA